AAAGCAUGGCGCACAAUUGUGUAAUGUUGAUAUUCGAUCGAUGCUGUCUUUACUGAAUGUUAAAUCACGUGUCAUAAUUGUCGGGCAGCCAUGAUGGACGGACUAGAUGACAGUCCCGACCUUUUAGGCGGUGAUCAGAACAAGAGCCGUUCAGAAACAGUUGAUUUAUCCACAGACUCGUCCCUUGUUGUUGAUAUUUCAGAUGCUCUUAGUGAAAGAGACAAAGUAAAGUUUACUGUCCAUACAAAGACAACCCUUCCUCAAUUUCAAGAGCCAGAGUUUUCUGUAGUUAGACAACAUGAAGAAUUUAUAUGGCUUCAUGACCGUUAUGUUGAAAAUGAAGAAUAUGCUGGCAUUGUCAUUCCUCCUGCCCCUCCACGGCCAGACUUUGAUGCCUCUCGAGAGAAGUUACAAAGACUGGGGGAAGGGGAAGGUAACAUGACAAAAGAAGAAUUUACUAAGAUGAAACAAGAACUAGAAGCAGAAUACUUAGCUACGUUUAAAAAGACUGUUGCUAUGCAUGAAGUAUUUUUGCAAAGAUUAGCUGCUCACCCAACACUUCGUGGGGACGUAAAUUUCCAAGUCUUUCUGGAAUACAGCCAAGAUCUAAGUGUCAGAGGCAAAAAUAAGAAAGAGAAGCUUGGAGGUUUUUUCAAGAGCAUUACAAAAUCAGCUGAUGAGGUUCUUCUUUCUAAUCAAAAGGAUGUAGAUGACUUUUUUGAACAACAGAAAACCUUCCUAGUGGAGUACCAUGUAAAGAUUAAAGAUGCAGCCACCAAAAGUGACCGGAUGACUAAAACACACAAAAAUGUUGCUGAUUGUUACAUACAAAUUUCUUCUGGAUUUGUCCAGAUUGCAACAAUUGAAAACACAGAAUUGGAAAAAAUUUUCACUCGGUUAACUGAAGCCUUAGAGAAAGCAAGAAAACUUGAAGGACGAGUGGCAUCAGAUGAAGAUUUGAAAAUUAGUGACACAUUGCGUUAUUAUAUGAGAGAUUCUGCUGCUGCUAAAGAUCUGCUGUAUCGCCGAUCACGGGCACUUGCUGACUAUGAACAGGCCAAUAAAGCGUUAGAUAAAGCUAGAACAAAAAAUAAAGAUGUUGCUUUGGCUGAAAAGAACCAAUUGCAAGCUUUUGAAAAAUUUGAGAAAAUAUCAGACAAUGCUCGAAAAGAAUUAACAGAAUUUAAGACUCGGAGGAUAGCUUACUUUCGGAAGAAUUUUGUUGAACUAGUUGAAUUAGAACUAAAACAUGCAAGAGCUCAGCUCCAGUUAUUGAAGAAUUGUAUUGUUGCUAUGAAAGAAGAAUCUUAAUCAAAUGAAAGAUCUUUUGAAAAUAUGGACAUAUAUAUGAAAAAUUUAUAUUCUGAACAAAAAGCCCCUUUUCCCCCUCUGUCUUUUCUACUUCAUGGUGAAUUCAUUAUCAUGUAGUUUCCAAAAUUCUCUCUUCAUGAAUAAUUUCUAAGCAACCUGUGUUCCAGAUUCCUGCAGCAAAGGUAACAGCAAUAAACACCAACGUUUCUCCUAAUAUUUUUUAACCCUGCUGUUGAACCUGAACAUAAUUAUGUCCUCUGGUGGUCAUUGUAUAUAACAAACCAAGGUGUUCACUCUGUAUAUAAAAGUUUCUUCUCUUUCCAACAAAGAAGGUUUGGGGGCAGGGUCUAGUGUUGGAGGAUAGUGAUAAUACUGAUAGGUGUAGUGGUGGCAGCAGUGUAAGUGGUGUUUUGGUUAUUAUUGGAAGGGUCUGUUGUUACAGUUUGUGUCAGAAAAUAUUAACUGCUUUUGCUACUAGAUGGGUUAUUUUUCAUUUUACUUUCGCUUUUGAAACUAAUUGAAAUUAAACCACACCAGAAUGCUUUUGCUGUUAGCUGUGAUUUUUUUUUUCUUCUCCAAAUCCAUCUAUGAAAUUAAGUGCAAUUUAUUUCAUGUUAGGGAAACUGGUUUGGGUUUUUUUUUUAAUUUUGUCUUAAAAAGGAUCUUUUUUUUUUUUUUUUUUUUUUAUGAAGAAAAUAUUUUUGUUAGCUUAUCACCACUGCUGCCCCCACAUCUUUGAUCCUUCCAUUUUUGUCAUUGCCCAACUGAAAUCUAAAUUGGCCAUAUUCUUCAUUAAGGAAGCACCUGUUUCCAUGACAACAUACUAAUAAGCAUCAUAAGCCUUUAUUGUUAUUGUCACAUUUAAAGAAGAAAUGUAUUGUCUUCAAAGAUAAAAGAUUUUAAUGUUGCUUUGGCUUAAUUUAAAAAAAAAAAAAUUUAGUUCAUGUAAUGAAAAAGGAGCCAAAACUUUGUGAAUAACCUACUUGUUAAAGUACAAAGAGGUGUGCAUCAUUCUCUGUGACUUAAGUACAGUUUUCAUUCUAUUUUCUUUACUUUUUAAUGAUUUUUUUCUUUUUGGUUGAUCAUUUCUUAAAAUUUCUUUACAAAAUCAGUAAAUUAGUUCGACAUUUUUUGUGUCAUUAAAGUAAAUUGAUCCAUCGACCAUUACUAACCUCUCCCUGCAUACAGUCUCUCUCUGUCUCUUGUUAUUUAUCUUCUUGCGGAAUCUUUGGUCACUCUUCCAGGACUUCAUUCUAAAAGUGAUUACCUGACAAUUAUUCAACAAAGUUAGAUAUUUUACUGAAAUAAAAAUUUUUUGUAAUAAUUUUAAUUUUUUUUUUUUUUCAUUUUAUUUUAAUAAAAGAUACAUAUGUAAAAAAAAAUGUUCCUUGGAACACUUUAAAGUAGGAAGGAUGUAAAUUCUAUUGAAAAACUGUUCUGUACACUUAACAUCAUUUUAAAACAUUGAUGUAUGAUUUUGGGGAGAUGGGGUGAAAAUGACACAAUCAAAAAUGCCAUUUUGGUUAAAUCAAGAAGUGUGAUGGUGGUAGUAAUAAUAAAUGUUACUUAAGUAAAUAAAAAAAAAUCAUUAAAAAAAAAUUUAUUUUUCUAAACUCUCUACAGAGCUAGAAGUGCUUUUGUCAAUCAUUUCACUAUUUUAUUCAAUAAGUUGGGCUGUGUAAAUUCCUCUGAGGUUCUGUUCUACAUUUCUGCUGGUUCAUUUUCGUUAAAGAAAAUAUUAGUGAAUCAGUUGUAAAGAAAGGUGUUAUGGAAUAGGGAAGUAAAAUUCAUUCGAAUAUGUCAUAACCUUGUAAUCUUUUCUAGUUGUAUUAAUUUAAUUAUAAAUUAAUGUAAUUAGAAAACACACGCACAUGUUUGUAUAGACACACAGAUUUUUGCCAUGGUCUGAAUUCUAUAACAAAAAGAUAUGUGAAUUACUCAUGUGGAGGAAUUAAUUGAAUGAAAAGCUUGCUCCGGACUAAUUUUAUUAUUUCCAAAAUUUUAGAUUUUUUUGUUAAUUUCACUCUAAUUGCUCAAUAAUUUCUCUGCUACCACCUCCACAACCUUUAGAUUUUUUAAAUUUUUUUUUCUGUGUAUUUUUCAAGGUUAUGUUUCUAGUCACAAGUGCUGCUUGAAAUUAAAACACAAAUGAAUAACUAAGAUGUGUGAGAUAUUUAUCAAAAGGCAGCUUUAUUAUGCAGCAGAAAACAUAUUUUCAAUCUUUAUCCCUCCCAAUGAUGGUAAGAGAAAUUGGAAGAAGAAAAAAAAAAACAAGAAGCACUAAUGAAAUAAAAGCAAU